AUGGCCCCCAGCAUCGGCGUCCCAUCGAAGAGGCCUUUGGAAGAGACUCUGGUGAAAUCGCCCACCAUCAACGGCUCAGCGCAUCAAGACAAUGCCCAUCAACAGAGCAAGACACGACAGAGGAGGUCCAAAACAAAACUUGUGCCACAAGCCUUGAUGCAGGCCCUGUUCUCCGAGUCUGUGGCUGCCAAACUUUGGAACGUCGCUCAGAAAGCAUUAGGCAGCGUUGAGCCGCCGACUUUGUACCCUGAAUACACGGACAAGGAGUACUUUCAGUAUAUCUACCGCAAGCUUGAUUUUUGGACCUCCGGCUUCUUCCCCGGAUCACUUUACCUCCUCUUAGAACGCCAAAUGCGGUUUUCAUGGCCUGCAAAAUCGGGUGCCAAACCACAUCCGUUACAGCUUCAGCAUUUAUGUCAAUGGUGGACGGUUAAUUUGCAUCAGAACGCAACCAUAAAGAAUACCCAUGAUUUGGGUUUCAUGAUUGCCCCCUGGGCUAUGAAGGCGUGGAGCUUACAUCGGGACUCACAGGCAUACAGCAGUUUGGUUCUAGCAGCGCACUCGCUUGCCAGCCGUUUCGACGCUCGCGUGCAGUCGCUCCGGUCUUGGGAUGUGUGCUACACUAAACGGUAUUCAUACGACGAUCCAUCCAAGGAAUUCCUCGUCAUUAUUGACAAUAUGCUCAACCUCGACAUUCUGUUCUGGGCCGCUAAACACACGGGAGACACCUCAUUAAGAGAAAUCGCAAUUGCUCAUGCCAAAACGAGCCAGAAACAUCAUAUCCGUCCUGAUAAUACCACCUAUCAUGUUGUCAAUUUCGAAGUCGAGACAGGCUUCCCCAAAUCCAAGUUCACAAAUCAAGGAUUCAACGAUGAGAGCUGCUGGGCUCGCGGUCAGAGUUGGGGCAUACUGGGGUUCAUGCAGACCUAUGGCUGGACGCAAGAUCCAUCAUUCCUUACUACGGCACGCAAACUCGCGGAUUUUUUUAUUAGCAAACUACCAGAGGACAACGUACCGUACUGGGACUUUGAUGCGCCGAUGAACGAGGGAAGCCCAAGAGAUACUUCGGCUGCGAUGGUGGCUUGCUGCGGUCUAGUGCUGCUGUAUAAGGCUCUUAAGGAUACAGAAGAAUCGAUUGCGGCACAGCAAUAUCUCGAUACCGCAUUGCGGAUUGUCAGUGGUGUAGUCACGAAUUACAUGACCCCGUCAACCCCUCAAUUCAAUGUCGAUACAUCGGCAUCAACAGUGCCGACGUAUCCCGAGAACUUAUCCAAGCAACAACAGCAGCCUGGAAUCCUAACGGUAACGUCUGAGAACUCACAAAGAGGCUUUGCUAAGGGCGGUUCUGCGAGCAAUUGUCCUGACACAAUUCUUACCGGUGCCACGAUCAACAACUACGAGUUUGCGCCCAGACGGUGGUCGGAUCAUGGGCUGGUAUAUGCUGAUUAUUAUUUUAUGUUGUUGGGCAACAUGUUGCUAGAGAUGGGAUUGGUUGAUGUUAAUGACCUAGAUUCGUGA